AUGGACCCCUCUCAUUGGCUGAGAGCUCAAGGACAUGCAGAUGGAACACUCUCAUUGGUCAGGAACACAAAAUGCGCUUUGAGUCUUCCUUAUCCUGGCGACGUAGAGGACCGGGAAAACCACGUCGGUUGUGUCGCCUCCGCUGCCCUGGUGUGGCACUCUUCGUUGGCACCGGGCACUCUCCGAGACGGCUGUGGUACGCCUUCGUGGCCUUCUGCAGGAGGGUUAGGCAAGAUGAAGAAAUUUCCUUCCUGCUGGCGGGCGGUGGCGCUGGUUUGUUGUGUCCUUCUUGCUCUCAGUCAGGAAGCGGAUGCGAUAGAUGACUCAGCGUGUGACCCCGGAUGCCAAGUGCACCGCCUCACUUACGUAGGGACGCCUCUGAGUAAGGACUUCUCGAGGAUCUUCUGGUGGCCCGAGGACGACGUGGUGGAGCUGGGCCUCGCUGGAGAAGGACUCGAGAUGAGCGUCCGGAUCGAGGAGGAGCAGAGGAACGCCUGGCACGAGAUCGAAGUCAAGUCCGUGUUCAAGGAUAAGGACAAACGGGCAUUAGAAUCCUACAGUGUAACCAUCCCUUCUCUGGGCGUGAACGAAAGUAGAACCUGCGCCCACCCAGACUGCAUUGACAUGGGCGUGGGCGUGAGAACCAACAUAUCCAGUUUAUGGGCGCUGCAGUGCACCGUCCUUCCUUGUGACUGUCGCCACAACGCCAAAUUUUGUGAAGGAAGGAGAGACUGCAGAACGUACUACCUCACAGCACUCGGUUUCCCGCUGGACUCUUCAAGGAAACUCUUCUGGUCUCCAACGACAGACGGUGAACUCCACUUCUCUUGGAACAACGGAAGGAAUAGUUCAUUUAACCUGUUAAGGGACCCAGGUAGCUCGUCCUCGUGGGUGGAGGUGGAGGUUCACUCUCGACUGAAGCAGAGAGGAGGCGUCACUCACUACGACUGCAGCCUCGAGGUAGCGUCUUUAGACAUCCAAGAGGACUGUUCCUCGACGAAGGACGCUGACUACGGGAUGAGAGUAGCUGCUCCUCGACCGAGUACCCUCGCCCUCGGCUGCGAUAAGGCCCCGGUUGUUGAAGUCCACACCUCAAAAAGCGGUCGACGCAAUAGAUUCUGGAUGUUGCUGUUAAUCGCUCCAGUUGGAAUUUGCAUCGUCAUUAUCGCCUUUGCUAUUGUAAGGUGGCGGAACAGACCGUAGAUUUUAUCGCCUUCGUGGACGGGGAAAUGAUGGAAAGCUAUGACUGAAAUUUUUCUUUAUUAUUAUUAUUGUUUUUAUUUUUUUAUUAUUGAUUAUUAUUUUGUGACUUUGAUGGUGAUUUUUUUUAUGGGAUGAUUUCGUGUGAAAGUGUGUAGUUUUGAACGCUGUUAAAGGCAGGCCAGAGAUAUCAGCUGUGCUAUAUUUCAAAGUUUAAGUUCCUGAACUAAUGAGCUAUAGACAUAUUUUGUAAAUAAUAUAUAAGCCACAUUUAUACUCCAUACAUUCCGUAUAUAAAGCUUUUAUAUAUCAUGUGUUUAAUGAAAACGGCCUUAUGCAGAUCACUGUAAUGUUAACGUGACCAAGAAAUCUACUAUUUGGUGUUUUGCAAAGGACCGGAUUUUAGUAAAACAUUGUCUAACUAACUUAUUAAAUUUUCUAGACCGGAUAUAUGACCCCGCGAGUAAUUCAGUCUAAAAAUAUGCAAAUAGGCAGGUUUCCAAUGAACACUUUACUAUGCAGUUGCAUGCAUAUGUAAUAUAUAUGUUCAUAUGUAUGUAAACAUACAUACAUUCACGCACACACACACACAAACACACUCACACACACACACACACACACACACACACACACACACACACACACACACACACACACACACACACACACACACACACACACACACACACACACACACACACUCACACACACA